UGGCCGUAUGUAUGUCUGUAUUUCAGGUAUUGAAAACUCGUCUUGCGUUGAGUAAAACGGGUCAAUACCGAGGCAUGUUCGACGCAGCUCUGAAAAUCCGCCAAAAGGAAGGCUAUCGGAGCUUUUAUCGUGGGUUUGCUCCCAACCUGAUCGGCAUAAUUCCUUAUGCUGGGAUAGAACUCGGAAUCUAUGAGACGCUGAAAACUCGAAUCUCUCAAACCAAGGAACCAGGAAUAUUAGUUACCUUGUCUUGUGCAACUGUUGGCAGUAUAAUGGGCCAGCUUUGCGCGUACCCCCUUGCGUUGGUUAGAACAAAACUGCAAGCUCAAGCCAUUCGUUCUGACGCGGCUGAGCACCGACCGUCUGGUAUGAUCCACGUUUUUCAAACCAUUCUGCGCACUGAAGGCUGGACCGGACUGUAUCGCGGAUUGGCGCCAAAUUUCCUGAAAGUUCUUCCUGCGGUUGCCAUCAGUUACGUUGUCUACGAGGAAAGCCGCGUUGCCUUGGGCUUAACGACGGCUUGAAAAAGGAGGUGAUUUUACAAUCGUUGGACUGUCACGCAUUUGUGGAAUAUUUCGCUUUGUAAAAUAUGGAGCUGAAUCAUUGUUCAUGUUGGUGCUGCAUAAUUUUCAAGUUUCGUGAUCAAUUGUGUACAUGCUUUAUAACUUGCUGUGAGAGCUAGUAUUCGGCGACUUUUGUGUGAUGUUUUGCUGCUGCCUUCCGCCCAAAACUUAUGCUUGUCAAUUAAAAACGCGUUCGUCCUUGAGAAAUCAACA